GGGUAGCCUUAAUUUUCUAGACACUAUGUGAUGGUCAUGCUACUCCAACAACUACUGCCCCACCCACACUGGCCACAGGUAGCUCAGUAGGGUGACACACUCGUGUGAGAAAGUAGGUCACUUGCCCCAGGUAGAGAAGCAGAGUAGGCUAAACUCUAUUAUAUUGACAAGCGUAUAAACUAGGUGCUGCAUGACUCUGCUGAAUGUCUGUUAGAGACUGAAAAAUCCACGGUCAACAAGCUGACAUAUAGUGCUAAAGCAGAGCAGUUUGAGUACCUCCUGGGUGAAGAACAGUCACGAGUGCAGAAACCCGAACAGCCUAUUGAACAUCCUAUUGAACAGCUUAUUGAACAGCUCUAUAUCAAAAUAACUGUGCAGCAGAGACAUGGCAGCAUUAACCUGUCUAGCUAUGCCGCUUCUGUGCUGCGCUGCCAUGUCCACCGUGUUCAUGCUGUGCAGUGGUCAAGGCAUCCAGUCUCCGGUCAACACCACCAGUGGGAUGGUCACCGGCAAAACUCUUGUCUACAAGAGUAAACGACUGCUGGAAUUCAAAAUGGUGCCAUAUGCUGAACCUCCGAUAGGUAACCUCAGAUUCAAACCUGCCCAGCUGAAGACAAGAGAAGCUGUGAAGAUAGAUGGGACGCAGAGUGACUACACUGUCUGUCCUCAGUCCACGAUACACCUGACUCAGCUGGAGAGAGUGGCCUGGAAUCUGGUCAGUGACAAUAGGACUGUGUCAGAGGACUGCCUCUACCUUGAUAUCUACGUCCCCGAGUCCGCCAGCCCCAAGAACCUUCUUCCCGUCAUGUUCUGGAUCCAUGGAGGAGGAUACACCGCGGGGGCGGGGCGCCUUUCCUCUGGGCACGUCCUGGCCGCAGAUUAUGAGGUCAUCCUGGUCACGACAAACUACCGCCUUGGUGCCUUAGGCUUCCUCAACACUGCUGAUGACACGGUUGUUAUGGACAUUGGUCUACGCGAUCAGGUUCUUGCCCUUCAAUGGGUCAACAACAACAUCGCUCACUUUGGUGGCGACCCUGACAUGAUAACCAUUGCUGGUGAGUCGGCAGGGUCAGCAAGUGUUGCCCAGCUGAUGACGUCACCUCUAACUGAGGGGCUUUUUAAGAGAGCCAUACUAGAGAGCAGUGGCUUGAAGGCCCCAUGGUCUUGUCUCUCCGAUCCCAAAGCACCUACCAUGGCUCUGGCUGCAAAGGUAAACUGCACUACUCAAACCAGUCAGGAGAUGGUGGAGUGCCUAAAGUCUAAAAGGUGGGAAGAGUUGUUAAUGUACCAGGGUACCACAUGGGCACCUGCCUGCUCUGGUGGGGUCAUACCCUACACCCAAGAAGAACUGGACACAUCCCAGCUGAGCUCUGAUGUCGCCAAGAGACUUGCCAAGGUCGAUAUUCUAAUUGGGGUCAAUUCUCAAGAAGGAAGCAUCUUGUUUGAACUAUUCUCCAUCAACAAUACUGAUGACCAAGGAGGCGUAUCACAAAAGCUUGCAGACAGCAUGAUCACAGUGCUGCUUCAAAUGUCUGGUCUAAACUAUGAUUAUAUAGAAAAACUUCUGCCAUCCGUAAGAUUCCUUUAUACAGACUGGACGAUGCCAGGGAACACUCUGGCCAGGUCCAGGCAGGUAAAUGACUUGUUUGGAGAUUACUACUUCAUUACCAGUGUGAUAAAGUAUAUUCACCUGCAUGCAAGAGUCCAGGUACCUGCUGAGGAGAAAGGACAGGCAUAUCUCUAUCUUCUACAGCAUCGUCCCUCGUGGAUGACCCAGGCGCCGUGGCAAUACGGAGCAGCCCAUGGAGAUGACCUCUUCUUGGUCUUUGGAAACCCUAUAGAAUACCCAUCCCUUAACGCUACAGCCCAGGAGGUCGUUCUCAGUCAGACAAUCAUGACGUACUGGACAAACUUUGUCAAAACUGGGAAUCCCAACACACCCGAGACCAGAGUCAAUGCCACCUCCCUCGUCCAAUGGCCACAGUUUGAGCUAGACAACCAGACGUAUCUCCAGCUUGACAUCCCCACCAGCGAUGUCUCUGCUGACCACAGGCUGUUUCCCAGGCGUAUGGCCUUUUGGACAGAGUACUUUCCAUCAGAACUGGAACGUCUAAAGUCUGUGAUGGCCCCAGCUCCCUCAUGUGAGAAGGAGCCUUCAAGAAGCUCCAUCACCCAUGCCACUCUCUUCACCAUGGUCAUCUCUUUUGUCGUUGUAGCUUCACUCCAAGGGAGAUAGCAUCCCAUACCUUUAUCUACCAUGCAAAGGCAAUCUGAAGUCCUCUUGAUUGAUUUGCAAGUCCUCUAGGAACCUCACUUGUUUUUCAUGAAUGAUAUUAAAAAUUAUUAUUUUUAAUAGUGCCCAAAUUCAACUGAGCAAAGUAAUAUUUAAUACAUGGUGGAGAUAUGAUAUACAAAUAUGAGGCUAUACAUCUGCUACAAUCUAUCAAUGUACAAGACCUGACAAUCAAUGAGCUACAUAAAGUUACAUUUGCAAUCAGAUUGUUAAAACACAGUUUAAACUUAGAGUUUUGUAUAUCCUGUUUAUAUGUAACUCAGCUGAUGAUCUUUAAUAUAACAUCUUCUCUGUCCAUACCUGCUUGUUUUCUAUGUUCUUGUACAU